GCUCGGAGUCAUGUCUUAGACCCCGGCUGUCCUCUGUCUUUAGCCCGUCGCCCGGUCUUUAAUGAUGAAGCUGCGAGUCUCCGGACCCUGAAUCUGCGUCGAUGCUCUUGCUAUGUCCUCCACCGCGCAUAACAGCCACUCGCCCACCGGCAAUGGUGUGACUAAGCGCAAGUCAGGCUCUGCGGCCUGUGUUCAUUGCCAUCGACGCAAAGUUCGAUGUGACGCACGCCUAGUCGGUUUGCCGUGUUCCAAUUGUCGCUCCGCGGGAAAGGCCGAUUGCCGCAUCCACGAGAAAAAGAAACGUUUGGCCGUGCGCUCAAUUCUUGACCCAGUCCCCAUUCGCUGUCGCCCAUCCCCAGCUUCCGGAUCUUCGCCGAGACCAUUGCCUCCUCAACCCGCCGGCCAACCCUCCGCUUUUACAACGACCUUCCGAGGGAUUCAACCUGACGUGGCCACCCCGGCCACCAACACCGCGCCAACCAGCCAUUCCCCCAACUCUAGAUUCGAAGACACAAAUACCAACGACCCGCGCAACAAUGAGAUUUCGCCGAUAUCGGGAACUCAGGAAUACGCCCGCCAACCGGGUCUUGACCGGUUGACGGAGCAGGACACAAAUGGGGAUCUGGAGAAACGGUUGGUGAAGAUUAUCGACGAAGAAGAGUCUGGUGCCCGAGAAAUUCAGCGGGGUGUCCGGGCGAUCUACGUGGGCCAUGAAUUGUCAAAUAUGUCCUUCUUGAUUCGCCAACAGCGGGAGCAAGAUGAUGAUGUGUAUCAUUUCGCCGGAAAUGAGAUUCCACGGCGUCAGUUGCGAACCGGACAUGACCAGCUCCUCAUGGAUGCUUUGACCUUGCCGGAACAAGCUCUUGCCGAUGAGCUGGUACAUGCAUAUUUUAGCCACAUAAAUCCAGGCUAUCCCAUCAUCGAGGAGGAUCAUUUCAUGACUCAAUAUCGUAACCGAGACCCCGCCGAUCCCCCUCCGGUUCUGCUCCUUCAAACCAUACUGCUGGUGGGAGCCCACGUUACCCGGUCAAAGCCGGAGCGAGAUGCUCUGAAGGAAAUCUUUUUCCGCCGCGCCAAAUGGUUGUUCGAUAGUCGGAUCGAGCGGAAUCGCGAUAUCAUGGUCCAAGCAGCCCUGCUGCUGACCUGGCAUUCAGAUAGCGCCGACGACGACGUAGCCGCCAACGCGCACUACUGGGUCGGAGUUGCGGCCAGGAUUGCCACAGGCCUCGGAAUGCAUCGUAACCCGGUCUCGAGCAGCUUUGUAUCCCGCGACCGUCGGAUGUGGCGGAGACUAUGGUAUAUCUUGGUCCAGUUUGAUGUCAUGGUAUCUCUUUCCUAUGGCCGGCCGCAAGCCAUCAACCUCGAGGAUUCGGAUGUUUCCCCAUUGACUCCUUCUGAUUUUGAAGGAUGCGGGUCCCGAGUGCAAUCGGAGUACGUGAUUCAUUUCUCGGAGCUCUGCACCAUGAUAUCAUAUAUCGUCCGCGAACGGUUUGGCCUGCGAGUCAGUGCGGAACGUCGCAAGGCUGCCCUACAAGAAGCCGAUGAAGCGUUAGCAAACUGGUCUCUGAAACUACCGGACAAUUUGCGCCUGCGAGCAUCAGACAUGGAUCCUUGGUCCGCUAUGCUUCACUUGACAUACAACAAUCUUCUCAUACUUCUCCAUCGGCCUCAUCCAAGGGCAUCUGCGUACUCCGAUGACUAUGGUCCACAUGACGCGGAAAUCUGCAGCGCGGCCGCCGGAGUGAUUGCUUCUAUCUUUGAAGAACUCCGUUUGAAUGAUCGGUUGAAAUUCCUGUGGUACUCUGGAGUCCAUACGCUUUUUACGGCCAUGAUUCAAGUGCGCGUGGAACUGCGGUUCUCCAACCCUGUCCUGGCGAUCAAUGCGCUGCGUCGCUUCGAUUCAGCGUCAUACUCGCUCCGUGAGCUGGCCUCGUACUGGUCCCACGCCAACACGAUUCUCCGACUAUUCGAGGACUCCCGACGCCUUCAGGAGGAUUUGCGGUUAGCGACGAGCCAGGGACCCCGACGAUUUAACAGCGGGCGCGAUUCUAGGCCCAAACCCGAUGCUCAUCACCCGCCGGCUCCCGAUCCUAUAAUACAGCCUUCUCAACCGGACCCGUCACUGCCGUAUGAAGUUCCGACUCCCGAAUCGCCACAUCUACCCACCUCUACUAUCAGCCCGAGCCAGAGCCAACCAUUCGACAGCUGGAUCCCCUCCAGCAAUAUGACAUCGGUGGAUCCACUGGAUCAACCGCGGGAGCUCCUGGAUUGGCGCCAGCUGUUCUCCUUCACCGAUCCGGAACAGGCCGUGCUUCCCAUGGCCAUGGAAGGACUGCCGGAACUCGAAGACGAAUGGCGUCAAAUCUACUGGCAGGACACGCCAAUGUCCGACCUCCUCCAGGAUGGGGGAUGGAUGCAUGGGUAGAUUCGCCGUUGUAAUCGCUUAGUGCCAUAUUGCUCAUCAGCGAGAACUGGAAAGAACGUGCCUUUGGCAUGGGCCAUGGAAGGCCAAAACAAUAAAACCCCUACACCCUGUAUAUAGACUACUAUCUACCGUCCCAAGCCACUUCCUG